AAACAUACAAUAACCACAAACAUGACCCUGCUAGCAUUGAAUGACUUCAAAGUCAUUUAGAAGGCAUUUAAUGCUUUAAAUGCCUUACAAGGCGAUUUGCAUGAACUUUCCGAAUUUUUUCACCGCAUCGAAAAUUUACUUGAUUUGCUUGAAAAUUUCAAGAAAAUUUAAGGUUAACGUUCUGUAGCUCUUCCUGUCAUGAAAUGGUUUCAAUCAGAAUCAUCCCACAUGAUUUUGUUUACAUUUUUGGAGCCAAACAAAACCAAGCAUUACAUUUGUUUUCUAAACGUUUUUUACUGUGUGGAUUAACUUGAGUCCAAAAAUGGAAUACUCGAAACGAAUAAGAAAAACUGGAAUGCUUUAUAGAGCACAGGCUACUGCAGCAAAGAAGAGAAAAUUAGAGGAAUCCAAGAAUUCUGCUCCAGUUGCAAGCAAAACAUCCGAAGACAUCCUACACGUUACUCCGAAUAAUGAUAAUCAAGAUAGAAUGGACAACCCAGCCAUAAACAUGGUAAAUGAGGAAGUAAAUGUGUAUGAGGAGGAUGCAAUCGAGGGAGAAUCAGAGGAUGAAACGGGCGAAGAACCCGACUUUGAAAAUAUGAGCAUGAGUGAUUGCCUUAAAUUUUGGGCCUUGUCAACAAACGCUCCACAUGCAUCAAUUAACAUGCUGUUAAAGAUUUUUAAUCUGAAGACAGCAUACGGCUUACCAAAAGAUGCGAGAACUUUCCUAAACACCUGCAAAUAUCGCCCAGAAAUAACUAACGUGAAGGAUGGAAAGUUUUGGUACAGAGGAGUUGAGGAAAGCAUGACCACUCACCUACGCUUUACGAAAGUUCAUGGUUCCGAACUGUCAUUGAACAUUUUUGUAGAUGGGCUGCCAUUACACAAAAGCAGUAGUUCGCAGUUUUGGCCCAUUCUGGCGAAUAUUCAUGAAAUGCCCCACAUUUCCCCUUUUAUUGUCGGAAUAUUCCACGGAACGUCGAAGCCAGACAGUUUAAAUGACUAUCUAACGCAGUUAGUUGAAGAACUGAAUGAUUUAAUGAAUCGAGGCAUUAUAUUAAACAACAAAAAGUAUGACAUAAUAGUGAGAGCUAUUAUAGCCGAUUCGCCAGCAAGGUCAUUCAUCAAAGGUGUAGCAUAUUUCAAUUCAAAAUUUGCAUGUUUGAAAUGCACAUGUGAAGGAGAGUUUAACGAAGAGGGAAAAACAACAAUAUUCAAAGGCAUUAACGCUCCAAAAAGAACUGACGAGCACUUUCGCGGUAGCGUGUACGCGGGCCAUACCAAGCAAAUAACACCUUUACUUGAUUUAAAUAACUUUGAUAUCAUAAAAAAACAUCAUAAUAGCAGAGUCUCUCCAUUUGAUAGAUUUUGGAAUUACUCGUAGAUUACUUUUAGGCUGGAGGGACGGAACUUUAGGCUAUGCAACAAAGUGGUCAGCAGCACAAAUUGAGGAAAUUUCCCUGUUGUUAAAAAAUGUUAAACUUCCCUGUGAGUUCAAUAGAAGAACACGCGGUUUAGAGGAUUUAAAGCAUUGGAAGGCAUUAGAGUACAGCCACUUUCUGCACUAUAUAAGUAUGGCUAUAUUACCCAAUAGGUUGCCAGAAGCUUAUUUUGAACACUUCAAAUUAUUUUUUUGUGCUGUAAUGCUGCUCUCUUCUAGAUAUUUUGAAUCAAAUUGGGCUCUUGCCGGAGAAAUGCUGAAUCAGUUUGUUUUAGGCUUUGGAUCUUUGUAUGGAGAGAGAUAUAUGACAAGCAAUGUACAUAAUUUACAACACGUUUAUGAUGAUGUUUAUUUUUUAGGACCAUUGCCCUCUUUGUCGGCUUAUCCAUUUGAAAACGAGCUACAAAUUAUAAAAAAUAUGCUUAGAUCAGGAAACAAUGAGCUAAUACAGGUUAUUAAAAGGCUCUCAGAAUUGGAAAGCUUUCACAUUAACACUCGUGCUAGAACAUGUAACGCAAGCAAACCUAUGCUAGAAGUUAAACCAAAUGGAAAUGUGGUUCUCCGUAUGGAUAAUUUUAUUCUUCGGAAUGAUGAGGUAAAUUCGUUUUUCUUAACUAAAGCUAAUUGCAUCGUUCAAUUUUGUAACGCAAUUCAGGAUCAACACGGUAUCCAUGUAUUUGGAAGAAACUUUACAAAACAAGUUGAUCAUUUCGAAUCACCCUUUCCAUCAAGAGUGCUACACAUUUAUCAAGCCUCAAUGAACGAUAGAAUAUCUGAUGCUGUGAAAUUUGACCUUGAUAGCAUCAAAUGUAAAUUAGUAAGCAUAAAACUGGGAAUUAAUCAACCUUUUUUAUUCAUCCCUUUAAUCCAUACGCUUAAGAAAUAAUAUUAAUCUACACAUAUUUACAAUAUCAUUAGUAGAUAUUAAUAAAUUCUAUGUGAUUUUUUACUA